AUGGGCCUGAUUCCGCCCCAAUUAAAGAGUCCGCCAAAGUACCUACUGGCCUCCAUUCUAUGCUCAGCAAAUGGCAUACUCUUCGGGAUGGACACAGGGAUCAUCGGUCCUGUGACUGACAUGAAGGACUUCAAGGCCGAAUUUGGGGGUAGCGAAAACGCAACGAUUCAUGGCCUCAUCGUUUCCUCUAUUUUGAUUCCAGCUGCCCUCUCGUCAUUUUUUGCUGGCCAUGUUGCCGAUCGCCUCGGUCGGCCAAAAGGAAUAUGUAUCGGCACCUUUAUCUUUGGCAUCGGAGCUGCUAUCGAAGCUGGGGCUGUUCAUAUUGCUAUGUUCAUCGUCGGUCGACUUGUUGAAGGUGUUGGAGAAGGCCUUUUCCUUGGCAACUUGGUGGUUUUGAUCUGUGAAAUUUCGCCUGUCAGAAUUAGAGGUGCCCUCACGACUGGUCCUCAGCUGGCUUGUACCCUGGGACUGGUGAUAGGGUAUUUUGUCAGUUAUGGCACCUCGAAUAUCCCGUCAUCCCUAUCGUGGCGCACGCCCUGGAUUGUUCUUUCAGCGUGUGCCAUGGUCAUUUGUGGACUUUCUUUGGCCUUUUUGCCAGAAUCACCCCAGUGGCUAGGUCUUCAGGGUCGCUAUGAAGAGGCUGAAGAGGCAUGGGAAAGUUUGGGCGUGACUCUCGCAGAUCGCGAACCAGUCAAGGCUCAAGUGCAGGUACAAGAAGUUGGGUCUGACACAGAAGAGGAAUUCGAUUCUGUCCCGGAGAAUAAAAACGCUGAACCCACUGCCAAGGUUCUGGAUAUCUUUGCAAAGGAUGUUCGGGGCCGAACUGCACUUGCAGUCUUUCUGAUGGGAAUGCAGCAACUGGGCGGUAUUGAUGGAGUGCUUUACUACGCUCCACAACUCUUUCAAAAAGCUGGACUCGCCUCUUCAGAAGCAAGUUUCCUGGCUUCCGGUGUAUCGGCACUGCUUAUCUUCGCUGUGACGAUUCCUGGGCUAAUGUACGCCGACUCGUGGGGCCGCCGAAGCAGUAUUAUACUCGGCGGCAUUGGAAUGGGAAUACUGAUGUUCCUGAUGGGCGGUUUAUAUGCCGGAGAUGCUGUUCACCAAAACACCGGCGCUGGUCGCUGGAUCGUGAUUAUCUGCAUCUAUCUCUAUGCCGCUCUGUACUCCGCCACCUGGGGGAUCACUGUCAAAGUCUACAGUGCCGAAAUACAACCCCAGCGCACCAGAGCAUCAGCUACCACACUGGCCCAUUCGAGCAAUUGGGUGUGUAAUUUCACCGUGGCUUUGAUCACUCCCGUGUUACUCGCAAAGAGCAACUUCGGGGUUUACUUCUUAUUUGGUGGAUGUUGUGUGAUCACUGUGGUUGUCAGCAUUAUUUUCAUGCAUGAAACGCGAGGGAGAACAUUCGCACAGAUUGAGGAAGCUUUCAAAGGAAGUUCAGCCAAGGGAUGCCGUCUUUGGAAGCGCGAAACUAGCAAAGCAUAA